AUGGGCACUCUGGCUGAGUUCCAGAGAUCCUUAUAUAUCACUCCUCGUGUGUUCCUUAAAUCCAACUGGGAUCAGAUAUUCUGGGGUGAGACGAUCACUCUCAGGUGUGAGAUUGAGGGAAGUAGAGACACUGAAUGGAGAUAUUCAUGGACAACACCCCAUGGGGACAAAUGGACAGAACACGAUGAGUACAAUAUUAGCAGCGACACUGGAGAAUACAGAUACAAACCACAGGCUCAGCUUGAGAGUGAAGCAUUUCCAGCAGAAGGCUCAGUGACUCUGAUCUGCAAAGUGAAGCCUCCAUCAUCUGGCUGGAGUUUCCUCUGGUACAGAGGAGAGAAAACCUCUGAAAUCCAGAUCACACAAGAUGAACAAAUCACAGUCACAGAAGGAGGACUGUACUGGUGCAGAGGAGUGAGAGGACACCCACCUUACUACACUCUGUUCAGUGAUUCAGUCGGUAAAGACAAAAUAGUAACAAACAGGGCUGUUGUGUCUCUACAAACCCAGUGGACUGAGAUAUACAGAGGAGAGACGAUCACUCUCAGAUGUGAGAUAAAGGAUGGAGCAAACACUGAGUGGGAGUAUGAUUGGGAAACAACAAGCUCAUACAAACCCCCAAAGCAGAAAGAGUAUAGUAUCACACCUGUUAAUGGAUCCCACACUGGAAACUACAGCUGUAGGGGCAGGAGAAAAAGUGACAGGUCUUCAACCAAAUGGAGCCGUCCCAUCUCAUUAACAGUUUUAUACAAUUCACCGAGGCCUGUCCUGACUGUGUCUCCAUCAUGGCUGAGUCCUGGAGACUCAGUGACUCUGAGCUGUGAUGUUAAACAUCCAUCAGCAGGAUGGAGAUUCUUCUGGUAUAAAGCUAUUCCCAAACUAGCAGGUGAUUCCUACAACUAUGAGCUGCUGUCUGAAAGCAGGAAUGGGACUGAGAAGCAUUCCUACAUUGUUCAUGGAGAGACGCACACAUCAGGAUAUGCAUGCAGAGCUGGACGAGGAGAUCCAGUGAAGUUCACUGAUCACAGUGAACCAAAGUUUGUCUGGUCUGGAGGUUUUUAUUCAGCAGCAUCUCUCACAGUGAGUCCUGACAGAGUUCAACACUUCAUCUCAGACUCAGUCUCACUGAUCUGUGUGGGGAACUCUUCUCAGUGGAGAGUGAGGAUGUUUGAUAAAGACAGCAGCCUGCAGGAUUGCUCCCAGUGGAAUAAAAUGACUGGAUCUACAUGUUCAAUUGAUAGAUACACACUGAGAAAUCAUGUGUUCUGGUGUGAGUCUGGAUCAGGAGAGUUCAGCAACGCUGUCAACAUCACUAAACAGAAUCCUGAUAUUAUCUUGGUGACUCCUGUCCAUCCAGUGACUGAGGGAGAUUCUGUUAGUUUAAGCUGCAAAGUAAGAAGAGAAGACACAGAUACUCUUUCUAAUGUGUUCUUCUAUCAAAAUGACAAACUCAUCCAGAAUGACACCAGAAGAGAGCUGAUUAUUUCUGCUGUGUCAAAAUCAGACGAGGGUUUCUACAAGUGUCAAAUAUCAGGAAGAGAGUCAUCACAGAGUUGGAUGUCAGUUAAAGUGUUCAGACCAGUGAACUGGUUAAUUCCCAUGAUUGUUGGUCUGAUUUGUGGAGUAGUAAUUCUAAUUCUUCUGGCUCUAUUGUACCGUUACUGGCAGUCCAAUGGCCAGUCCAGUCUGAGAGCAACGACCAGGAAAGUCAUGGACUUUACCAGAACAUGGCUCAACAUGAACACUACUCUACUCUUCUCCAUGUGCAACACACCCAUUUAA